AAAAGUGACAUUUUCAUGAAUGAAGAAAAUAUUAGUUUUUAUUUAUUUUGCUUACAAGUUAUAACUUUUAUUAUCACAAAUACUAUUAUAGUUUAACGAAUUUAUAAUUUUUAUGUAUUUUUCUAAAAACAUCUGUAAAAUGAAGAAAAGAGAAAUGCUAUCCUUAAAGUUCUUGUAUUCAAAUCCUUUGGGAAAGUUGUUAAUGAAUGACAAGAUAUCAAAAAACAGUUUAAUAAUUAGAGCUGAAAACGAGCCAAACCUGGACUCAGACCCCCAACGCUCACAAUAUGUUCGCUCGAUUCCCAAAGCCUUACUCUAUAAGGAUCUUCUACUCCAGGGAUAUCUCGUUUACCCGAAAUUUCUUAAGAAGAUUGAGAACUUUGAGGUCAGAGCCGACGACUUAUGGUUGGCUACAUAUCCAAAGUCAGGCACCACUUGGACUGAAGAGAUUCUCUCUCUUAUUUAUAAUAACGGAGAUAUUGAUAGAGUAAAAGAUGUAUUACUCGCUCGACGUGUUGUGCACUUUGAAGUCGGACGACCUGUCGGUCAUUCGCGUUGGCUUAAGAAAUUGAAAACUCCUCGACUUCUGGCCACACAUUUGCCGGCGACACAUAUCCCAACACAACUUAAGCACAGCAAAUGCAAGAUAAUUUAUGUGAUCCGUAAUCCGAAAGACAACGCCGUGUCGUACUUCCAUCACCACAGGAUGAGCACAUUCUUAGGCAACUAUAAGGGUUCGUGGGAUAACUUUGUGGACCUUUUCCUAAAAGGGCAUUUAGUGCACGGAGACUGGUUUGAACACAUGAAAGGCUACUGGCAUUUACUACAACUCUAUCCAAAUAGAGUUCUAUUUGUUUCAUACGAAGAAAUGAAAACUGAUUUACCGAAAAUGAUUGAAAUAAUGGCAAACUUUGCCGGAUAUAAACUAACAAAGGAUACGAUCGACAGAAUUGCAAAGCACUGCACAUUCGAUGAGAUGAAGACCAAUAAUAUGGUGAAUCGGGAGAACCUUCCGAUCAAAGACCUCUUCGAUAUGAGUAAAUCAAAGUUCAUGAGGAAAGGCAUAAUCGGCGACUGGAGGAACCAAUUCACUCCACAACAGAGCCUACUCUUUGACAGUCAAUACAACGACAGACUGCGAGACAUUGGAAUCACUCUCUCCUACGACAGCGAAGACGCUUUCAAUCGGAUGAAAACAAACGGAAGAAUUAUUUGUCACAACUUUGAUACACAAAAAGAUGAAAAUAAUUGCAACGACUUAUAGUCACACUCAAAGUAUUGGAAGUUUCAAUGAUUGUUCAGAUUAUGAAAAACACCAAAC